CGAGGGAGGAGCGCCCUGCUGCCCCCGACCCGGCUUCAGCCCCGAGCCCCAAGGGCCGCCGCCUCAGCUGCUUUGGCUCAGCCUCUGCCGGGGGGCCCUCCCGCCGCCAGCCCGGACCCCCGAGAGUUCGGAGAUCCGGGGACCCAGGGCAGUCACCGGCUCCCGGGGCUCCCCGCUGGCGGCGGCCGCGGCCAGGACGGCCAGGGCCCAAAGCACCACAGCAGGACAGUCUCUCCAGGCCUCUCCCCUCUGACUGACCUGAGCUCCUAGGCAGUCCCAUGGCUUGGCCCCUGUUGUCCAUGAGGGAGAGACGUCUUCUGCCGCUUCCUCAUCCCUGACAUAGGACAUCUAGCCAGCAGCAGACAGUGGGCCCGAGUGACCAUCAUGCACUGGUAGCUGGCCCUUGGACCGGGCAUAGUCUUCUGGCUGAGGCGUGAGGGCCUGCGGAGCCUGGUCUCACACUCAUUGUUCCCUGAGCUACAAGGACAGGGGGAGGACCUUGCCAAGUCUCCAGUUACAGAGAACGAGGGCACACAGUAGAUGCCCCCCUGUCUGAGACUUCAGGGGCUGGCCUGACCUGCCUGCAGCCCGGCAUGGAGCCCAGUGAAUGGGGCGCUGGGCAGAUGGCCUUCCUCAGCAACCUCCUGGCAGCUUAUUCCUUCAUUACCGAGCACCCCGAACGGGCCGCGCUGUGCUUCGUGUCCGGCGUGUGCGUGGGGCUGUUGCUCACGCUGGCCGCCCUGGUGCUGACGAUCUCCUGCCGCGCUGACUGCCAGCAGCCCCACGGAAAGAAGGGCCUGGCCGGGCGCCGGAGGCGCAGCAGCGACCUCAGUGCCAGCGCCAGCGCCAGCGCCAGCGACAGCGACGAGGACAGCGGCGGCAGCUGCUCGGGCUCCUCGGACGGCUCCACGCGCAGGCCCUGGCUCUUCGAGCGGCCGCCCCACAGGAACGUGUUCACGUCGGCCGAGGAGCUGGAGCGGGCGCAGAGGCUGGAGGAGAGAGAGCGCAUUAUCCGCGAGAUCUGGCUGAACGGGCAGCCCGACGGCCCGGCCACCCGCAGCCUGAACCGCUACUACUGAGCGCAGGGCUCGGAUGGAGCCAUGAGAGGAGGGCAGUGAUAUUCCAUGACAUUGAUGAACCAGGACUUGUUCAGCCAUUCCCAAAUUGAAGGACUUCCCCUCAGUGUCCAAUUCUUUGUCACCACAAAAAGAGCUGCU